AUGUUCAAUUCAUUAACGAAAAAUAAUGGAAAAACACCGAAAAAAAUUCAACGUAUCGAUGGAUUAUUAACGUUAUCAUCAUCGAAUAAGAAAAAAAUUUCAUUAAAAAAUCUGAAUAAAAAUCAUCAUCCAAUUAUAAUUGAAAUACAUUUUAAUUAUGGUCAAAUACGACAAGAUUUAUUUGCAAAAUUUGCUAUAAAUAUAUUUGAAUAUAUACUUUAUGAUCGUAUGGCUAUACCGAUACCAUUUGGUUGUCUGAAUAAAAUGGAUUGUUCGUUUUCCAACGAAGCGAAUAAGAAAAAAUUAUUACAAACAUUUACAAAAUUGAAAUUAAUAUUCAAUUUUUUAAUCGAAUUAUUUAUCAAAUCAAAUAUUCAUAUCCAUUCUAUUGCAUUAUUGUUUGGUGAUUCAUUACGUUUUGCACGUGAAAUAUUCAUUAUAAAUUUAGAAAAAUUAAAUAUUUUCAAUGAACAGAAUCGAAAAUGUUUACCAUUUCUAACAUUACGUUAUAUGAUUAAUAAUUUUUAUAAACGAUUAUUGAAUGAAAUCCCUGAAGAAAUGCCACAACUUUAUACUAAUCAAAAAUCAAAAAUUAAUUCAAAAAAUAUUCUAUUUACAGUGAAAAUUUCUGCCGAAAAUAUUGAUCAAUUACGAAUAUUUAUUGAAACGUAUUCGAAAGAAAAUCAUUCGGAUUUAUCGGAAUCAAAUUUUCAAUUGAAUAUUGACAAUACUACACAUCGUCUUGGAUCGAUAAUAAGUCGUAUUACUCAUUUUAAAUUUGAUCAUUACCAUCCUGAUAACAUAAUGUUGUUGAAUGGUGAAAAUUUUGAAAUUUAUCGUGAAAAUGAUGAUGAAUUUGAUGAAAUUAUUGAAGAAAAAAUUAUCAUUUCAAAUUCAGCCAUUACUACUACUACCACUAAUGAUGACAAUGAUAAUGAUUCCGAAUCGAUUGAUAAUCUAUCCAAACCAAACAUAUCAACAACAGCUACUAAAAUUUCGUCGAAUGAAGAAUAUCAUGACGUUUCUCAAAAACAAUCAACAAUUGAUGAAAUGAAUUCAUUUUGGGUUCAAAUUUGUUCACCGAUUCGUUGUGUUGAUAAAAUUUAACAGAAACCAAAGGAAACUCUGAAAAACCAUAGACUAAUCUUAUUUAUUUAUUUAUUGAUUAUCUACAAAAAAAAUAUUGAUGCAUUUCUUAAUUUAUUUAUU